AUGGAAAAAGAAUUAGUGAAGAUGCAUCGUGAAAGUCGUUCUAUCAGCAAGGGUGUGAGGCAGACUUCCAAUGAGAAGAGACAAAAAAAGAAGGAACAUCUGGCCAGAUGCAACGCCACAUUCCAGCCAACGUCAGCCGGAAUAAAAAUGAGCGAAGCACAGGACUGGAGUAAAAAGACGCACGGCGUUAAACGGGUCUCCAACCAAAUUGAAUCCAAGGAGGGGGCGCAUAAGCACCACUGCGCCUCGCCUCGGUCACCCCAGCAUAAGCAACCAACCGCGAUAACAUCCGCCGGAAUGAAUCCAAUGAAUUACAUGCCGGCUCCCGCACAGCCGAUGUUGACAGAUGCUUCAAGCAGUGCAAUUACCACUCAGGGAAUGCCAAUGCCUAACAACGGAAUGCCUGGCCACCCUAUGAUCGGUCAAAUGCCGGGAUCUACUAUGCCUGGACACCUUAUGCCUGGCCACAUGAUACCUCUUCCACCUAUCCCAGGACACCCAAUGUUUGGGCGGCCAAUGACUGCGGGAGUAAUGCCAGGAUACGCCGUGACUACUAGCUCAAUGCCCGAAAAUGCAACAGCUGGGAACGCUAUUGCCUCUGACCCAGUACAAAGUAACGCAAUGGAUGCCAACGCAAUGCCCAAUGAUACAAUGGCUAUGAACGCGGCACCCACGAUCAUGGCAAUGCAAGGCAAUCAAAUGCCUGUUAAUCCAAAUCUUGACAACUUAAUGCAUAUAAAUAAUUACGGACAGUUACAAAUGCCAGCGGUACAAUGCAUAAUGUACGGGCAGCCAGUCUAUGGGACGCCGUUUAUGUACCCAGCCAUAAGUUCGCAAGUGGCGUAUCCGAUGCAGCCGUCUUGUAUAUCGCAAGGAGCCCAGUAUGCCAACAACGUGUACAGUUUGAACCCGCUGAGCUUGGCGACCAGCAACUAUUUGGAGGUAACGGGAGCUUCCGGUAAAGAUAAUAAGAUGGACACCGAAAAUGCGCCAAAGCCCUUGCCAGAUAUCGCAUCGGUCACGACCAUUUACAGUCGCAAGUGCACGGGUGUGCAUCUAACUGCAGAGAACAAAAAACGCAAAGUGAUAAGGGUGGGCAACAGCGAGGGCACGGUAGAGAAAACCGACGAAGAAUCUAGUUACUCAUCAUUUUACUCGUCCUUCUUCAAGACUGAAUCCGGAAGCAUUGAAGAAAUCAACUCAAAGAAAUCUAACGCUAAGGGCGAGAAUAAAGGCACGUGUGAUGGGAGAAAAAUUGGGAACUUACCAUUAAUAGACCUGCAACAAAUCAAAAAGAUCAUAAGAAGGAAAAUGGAAGCACCAUGGAUGGAGCAUGUGUGCGUUUCUUCGGAAUUGGUUUAUAAAUACCAAGUAUGUACUAAAAGCGUUGAAGAAGUUCUGCUGGAUGACAAGGAGAAAAUGAGAACCCUAGAGCAGCCGGCCCUCGUCAACGAACAGUUGGGUCAACUUUACUUGGAUCUACAACUCGAAGGCGUAGCAGCACGGCUGACCCUUGAAGAAGGAGUUACCAGCUCAAGCAGCUCCAGUGAAGAUGCUAGUAUCAAGAACGGGAAGAAAAGGCGGGAGUACAGCAAACUGGUGAUGAUUUAUGAGGAGAAUGCACCCCUCCCGAAUCCCGACAAGUCGGCUAACCAA